AUGACAAAAGGGCUGAAAAUGAUAGUGAAGACCCUGAAUUUUAUGAUAGUACUUAUAACCAAAGUGAAGAUGAACAAUGCUUGCUGGAAAAGAAUGAAUGUUGACCACAAUGCUCCAGAUAUUGAUCCAACUGCAAAUGAAGGAGAGAAAUCAGAUGAUAUGGCUAUAAGUGAUGUUAAUAACUUGGAUAAUAGCUCAUGUGAUGAGGUUGAAUUGCCUAUGAGAAAAAAGGAAGAGAAAACUACCCAAGUUUGA